AAAUUAAAAUAGAGUUUUGUAUCGGCAGAAGAUUUCUCCUUCUCUAAAACCUACUAGACAGGCGACAGGCGAGUCUGUGCUUCGCCUUGAAUCUGUAAAAAUCCGAAUAUGGUUCGAAGAUUAAAGAAGCCCAAAAACGCUAAGCGCAAGAAUAAGGAAGUGGAAGGAUUGUCGGAUUCAGUAGCAUCAAAAGUAUGGGAGGCAGGAGUAGACAAAUUGGAGGAAGGCGAAGAGCUUCAGUGUGACCCAUCUGCUUACAAUGCCCUUCAUGCCUUCCAUAUUGGAUGGCCAUGCAUGAGUUUUGAUGUGCUGCGGGACUCUCUUGGCAUGGUGCGAACUGAGUUUUCACAUACUGCAUACUGUGUAGCAGGAACACAAGUAAGCUUUCUUCACUCCAUGUUGUUGCCAUUUAUACAUUGCAGCCCAUUUCUGAGUUUGUCUUUCUUUUCCUUCUUUUCUUUUUGAUAUCCUCCAAAGGCUCCCAAAAACAUAAGCUAAACUAGACUUCUUUUUGAUAAUGUAUAGAUCUUCAUCUUUUAU